ACGACCUCGCUCCAAUCAUGGACCUAUAGGUCCAUGCUCCAAUCAAGUUAAGUUUGGGACUUCCUUGUUCCGCCCCCCGGCCCGACGUGGAGUUUUCCUUGACGACAACACGUCAACAAUACAGGUGGUAUCCAUAUCGCCCCGGCCCCGUACACACAAACAAUACACGUGUGUUUACGUGGUAAGAUCGCGGCGCCUUUUGCAGCUACGGUAUCAUCACAAUUAAAAAGUGCACACACGAUUCGACUCGACUGGGAAUCGCGGCGAAGGAAGGAUCCCCAUUUUUAACAACCCCAACACAAACAACUUUUAUGAUAUGGCUCACGGUGACCCGAAGAAAUGGAAUCUUCCAGGAUGGAGGAUAGAGCAGAGAUAUGCGGGAAAAGUGCUCAUCGGGAAUUGGUCCGAGGAAAGAAACAAGUUUGAGAAAGGAGGAGAGAAACACACAUCAACUCAUCGAAAGGAUUAUGUGAACAACAGGAAUUUUGCUCCAGAUGUUAUGACCAGAAGAGCAGCUAAAAUGAAAAACGAAGGCCUUGAUCAAACCUUGAUUUUCGCUCACCAUAACAAGGAUCUAAAGAACAAUCUCAUCUCGUGGUACGAUGAACAGUUCAACAAGCGCGAGAGGUCGGAGAGUGACAAGCUUCCAGAGCUGAGGCACUGGGAUGGCCAAAAACUAGCUUGGGAGCCUGAGAAAACCGAUCAUCCCGUUAAAGGUGAACCUACAAACUUUGGUUUGAGAGACAGACUGCAGGAGAAAUGGCAAGAAGAAGAAGCAGCCAAGAGGCUGAAUAAUUACAGCACGACAUAUGGACUAGACUACAAAAACAAACCAAGGGCCGCUCUUGUCACCGAACACUUCGCCCCGCACAGGUCGCUGUCGUCAAGAAUGCAUCCCGUCAACAAGAUCAAUAAGGAUAUCAACCUGCGCAGUACCUCCAUCCUCCAAACUCCGGAACAAAUGCAUAUGAGGACGAGGAACGAGGCUGUGUCCAGACCCGGCCCUGCGCCCGUUUCAGUUUGAAGAGAAUCGAGUGUAAGAGACAAUGUGAACUGUUGACUAAGGUGUUGAUCAGUGACAGGAACGUUGCAAAGGACGUCAUUCUGAAAUGUUAUUUAUUUAGGCCAUGAUGAAUGUGAUCAUGAGAGUCCUUGGUGAACCAUCGGGGGUCAAUGUUAUAUUUUGGGUACAUGUCCAUUUCAUAUCAUGCAUUUUAAAUUGUAUUUACUAGUUCCAUUUAUCAUCAUUCACUGACAGGAAUUAUAUUUUGUGAGAAAAGAUCAUUGAUGCAUAUUGUCACAAUUCCUCCACAUAUUUAAAUUUGUAUUUCCAAAUAGUAAUCAUUAAUUUUUACGACCAAUAUACAUGUCUAAAAGUAAUUAAAACGAACUGUUAUGUUUAUCAUAAUGGCAGCUUAUAUUAAUUUCACCAAAUCCUAUAAAAUAGAUGUUUAAUGUACAUACAAUUACAUCCUGACAUACAGUUUAUAUAUUGUAAUGAUUUGUCUUUUAUUUUGUGCUGUGAUUCGCAAUGUUGGUAAUGUUAUGCAAUUUUAUUACAUGAUCAUGUAUUGCUAUGCAAAAUUGAUAUUAUAUGAACAGUAUUCACUGAUCCAUCUUUAGAUCUAUUCAUCUAUGGUGCGGCCUUUAUUUUCUUUCAUGCACAUGUAUUUUCUAAUUUAAUUGAUAAGUUGUUGUUUGGAGAACAAAUCAGUGUACAAUUGUAAUCGUAGGAAAUCAUGUUCAGACAUAUUUCAAAGGAGAGUUCAAUUUGAAGUUGUAUGUCUAAUUGAACUCUUAUUACUGUUUCAGACUUUCGAUCAUAUGCCCAUACUCAUUAAUGACUUUGUAAAUUUUUGGUGUACUACUCCGAUUGGACUCUGAUAAGCUGAUAUUGUGUUGUCCCACUUAUUAACAUUCAUUGCCAAAUUGAACAAGAAAAUGAUCAAGUUUUACAUGUGAAUUUGUGUUUGAUCAAUCAAACGCACUAGUAAGCAUAUAUCCAACUCCAGUUGCAUUCUCUAUUCUCUAGUGUGUGAAACAUACCAAUAAGAGAAAAAUAUCUUCCAUCAAUUACAAAAAAAAGGUUCAAUAGCCAAUCAAAUUCAAGAUCUCCAUACAUGUAGGAUUUAUGAUUGGUAGCAAAGUUAAUAAGUAACAAUCAUAGGUUUUAUGCAACAGGGCACACAUGUCUGUAACAUUAGGAAUAUGCCUAACAAACAAGUCAACCUGAGUAUUUAAUGAGAAUUCAGAUUUUAGAAAUAUGAAAUAAUGAAGAUGUAUCCAGAAAUUUUUCCAAAGAAUCUUAACUGAAGUCCAUUUUCCCUUUAAUAUUGGAAAUCUCCUAAGCCAUAUGAAAACAUUUUUGUAGCUUUCAUUUUCACCCCCCCCCCCGAUCUUCAAACUUAUCUUGCUUAAUAAAACACCAAAUAAAGGAGAAAAAAAAAGGAUGUGUGAAUUACAAACUACAUGUAUGUGUACAUUGCACCUUUUACCUGUACAAUUUAAAUUCAGUAUUUUUGCUUGGAAGCUUUACUGUGCUAACAAAUCAGUUUCUUCAGAGAUUCUUCUGAUUUCAUAAGUUGAAUGACGAUAUAAGCCUGUUUUUACCCCUUUAUUGACGCAUAAGAGAAAUUUUGGAAUACACAUUUUCUCAUGAGAUUACAAAUACAUAAUGUUGAAUGCAAAACUAUAUAUUUCAUAUGCUUACCAUGAAUGAUGCAAGGCUAUACCAAAUGUCAGUAUCAAUUAUGUGAUCAAAUUAAUCUAUGCAAAAUCAUGUGCUUUAUUGGUGAUAAAAUGUUUGGAAAGAAAUGUGAAUGUGAAUAUAUAUAUGUUUAUAUUACAGUGCUGUUAUCUGGAUAGUUUGAAAUCAAUUCUAGAAUAAAGUCUAAGAGAACAUGA